CGGCGGGGAAACGGUUUCAGGGAGGGCAGAAGCCGCAGGCGGCCACUGCGCAGGAACAGAGCGUCCCUGAGGCUCAGGCCGCAAGGGGGAGGAGGGCCGGGAGCAGAUAACCGAGCCUUCACGCCGGAACGGAGAUUUAGCGCGGUGACGUCAACGUCCCUCCUUUUGUAGCCCUAAGAGGGAACCUUAAGGUUUGAGGCGUGUCAGCCAUCGGCCUCUCAUAGGCGGUGCACGCACGCUUUGUACUCUGGGACAUGGAGUUCUCUCCCGUUUGGCGGACCCGACAAUUCGCCUUGCGUCACGUCACGUCACAUCAGAUGCUCUCUCCCCUGCGCCGGCGACGAUAAUUCUUGAUUAAUGGGACAAUAUGGCCACCGGAGGAGGUCCUUUUGAAGAAGGCAGGAAUGGUCAAGAUUUGCCAAGCUGGAGUAAUGAGAGUGUGGAUGACCGGCUGAACAAUAUGGAUUGGGGUGGCCAACAAAAGAAAGCAAAUAGGUCAGCAGAGAAAAACAAGAAGAAAUUUGGUGUAGAGAGUGAAAAAAGGGUAACGAAUGAUAUUUCCCCUGAGUCGUCUCCGGGAGUUGGACGGAGAAGGACAAGGACUCCUCACACCUUUCCUCAUAGUAGAUAUAUGACACAGAUGUCCGUUCCUGAACAAGCAGAAUUAGAGAAGCUGAAGCAGCGGAUAAAUUUCAGUGACUUAGAUCAGAGGAGCAUUGGAAGCGAUUCUCAAGGCAGAGCAACAGCUGCUAACAACAAACGCCAGCUCGCAGAAAACAGAAAGCCGUACAACUUUUUGUCAAUGCAGAUUAAUACAAACAAAAGCAAGGAUGUUGGCACAAGCCCUCAAACAAGGGAAACAAGUGGGUCAUCUCAAUGUAAAGAGUUAUUUGCAUCUGCUUUGAGUAAAGAUCUUUUACAAAACUGUCAAGUCUCUGAAGAAGAUGGUAGAGGAGAACCUGCAAUGGAUAGCAGCCAGAUUGUGAGCAGGCUGGUUCAAAUUCGGGACUAUAUUGCCAAGGCUAGUUCCAUGCGGGAUGAUCUGGUAGAGAAAAAUGAGAGAUCUGCUAAUGUUGAGCGCCUCACACACCUUAUAGAUCAUCUUAAAGAACAAGAAAAGUCCUACCUGAAAUUUCUGCAAAAGAUGCUUGCUAGAGAAAAUGAGGAGGAGGAUGUUCGGACUAUAGAUUCCGCUGUGGGAUCUGGUUCUGUAGCUGAGAGCACAUCGCUAAACAUAGAUGUGCAGUCUGGGGCUUCAGACACCACGGAGGCAUCUUGUAGUCUGAGAAUUCGGCCGUGCAUUGAGGACAAACUAGGGGAUUCAGCUUCCCAAGAACAGGUUUCAGACAUUGACGUCCCUACAAGUCCAAAAGGGAAAGGUGACAGACCUGCUCAGAAUGACAGGGAAAUAUGGCCUAAUAGGAAGUAUAGCCAAGGACGUGGAUUAUCCGCAAAGGCAAUGUGCUACGAGCUGGGGAUUCAAAGAAAGACACAGAUAGGGUCCGUGCCCUCAAGGAGCUCUCCUGUCUCAUGGGGGAGCCGGUGUGUGAAUCAUGAUGUGAACGCAAGUUCAUGCAGAGCCAGAGAACCUCAGCAGGAGCCAAGGGAAGAACUGGAAAACUUAAAGAAGCAACAUGAUUUGUUAAAAAGAAUGUUACAGCAACAGGAGCAAUUGAGAGCUUUACAAGGAAGGCAAGCUGCUCUCCUGGCCCUGCAGCAUAAAGCUGAGCAAGCCAUCGCUGUGAUGGAUGAUUCCGUUGUAACGGAAACCACAGGCAGCAUAUCUGGCAUAAGUAUAACAUCGGAGCUCAAUGAAGAACUGAAUGACUUAAUCCAGCGUUUUCAUAAUCAGCUGCAUGAUUCUCAGGCCCCACCUGUUCCAGAUAAUAGGAGACAAGCAGAAAGUCUUUCAUUAACCAGAGAAGUUUCCCAAAGCAGGAAUUCAUCUGUCUCAGAACAGUUGGCUGAUGAGAAAGUUCAACUUUUUAGCAAAAUGAGAGUGUUACAAGAAAAGAAACAGAAAAUGGACAAAUUGCUUGGAGAACUUCACACAUUGCGUGAUCAGCACCUAAAUAACUCUGCUUUUGCAGUUGUGCCCUCACCUUCCCCUCAGAGGAGUGUGGAUCAAAGGAGCACGGGCUCUGCUGCUUCUGCCCAGGUAGGCCUGGUCCCAGCUGCCAAUGGAGAGUCUUCCAGUCACGCCCCCUCGGCUGCUUAUGCUCCUGAUAUGAUGGCUUCUCAUAAUGAGAGUGAGAAUGAAGAGCAUCUAAACCCAACAGAAAAGCUCCAAAAAUUGAAUGAAGUUCGGAAGAGACUGAAUGAAUUAAGGGAAUUAGUUCAUUAUUAUGAACAGACAUCAGAUAUGAUGACCGAUGCUGUGAAUGAGAACACCAAAGAUGAAGAAGAGACGGAAGAUUCAGAAUAUGACUCCGACCAUGAGAACCCUGGACCUGUUACCAAUAUCCGAAACCCCCAAGGCGCUGCGGCUUGGGCUGAAGUGAACAGUAAUACGAAUGCACAGUGCAUCACCAACAACAGGGAUGGGAGAACCCUCAAUACAAACUGUGAGAUAAACAACAGAUCUGCUGCAAACUUGCGCACCUUGAACAUGUCCUCUCUCGAAUGUCGGUAUAAUAGAGAAGGAGAACAAGAUAUUGAUGGAGGACAAGGUGAAGAUGAGGAAGAAGAGGAAGAAGCAGAGGAGGAUGGAGGCAGUGAAGCAUCAUUAUCCAGUCACAGAAGCAGUUUGGGGGACAAUGCACCUGAGGAUGCUGAAUUUGAACAGAAGAUCAGCAGAUUGAUGGCUGCCAAACAGAAACUGAGACAGUUACAGGAUCUGGUUGCUAUGGUGCAGGAUGAUGAUGGCGAACCUGGAGCAAUCUCAGCCAGCACGGCUAACUUGGGGGCCUUCUUCCCAGUGGAGGAGCCAGAAGCCAAGCAGCACUCCAAUAACACGAGAGCCAAAACCAAUAAAAUACAGAAGGAGGCUGGGCUCAAUGAGAAGGCAAGAGAGAAAUUCUAUGAAGCUAAAUUGCAACAGCAGCAGAGAGAGCUCAAGCAGCUACAAGAAGAAAGAAAGAAGCUGAUUGAGAUUCAGGAAAAAAUCCAAGCCCUACAGAAGGCGUGUCCUGACCUUCAGCUUUCUGCUGCAAAUGUGAGUAACAGCUCCUCUAAGAAGUAUGCACAGGUAAUGACCUCAACGCCAACUAUGAAUGAGAAUGAGAACACCCCCACAAACAAAGCAGGAUUUGUGACAGAAGAACCCACCGGGGCAGUGGCAGCAGAUAAUGAAUUAUGGUCAGAAAUGCGAAGGCAUGAGAUUUUAAGAGAAGAAUUGCGACAAAGAAGGAAGCAGCUUGAAGCACUCAUGGCUGAGCACCAGCGGAGGCGGGAUUUAACAGAGACAGCAUCCACGGCCGCUGUGUCAGUCAGAAGUGACGGCUCUGAGAAUCCCUGCACUCCACAGCAGAGCAGAACGGAGAAAACAAUGGCAACAUGGGGAGGUUCUACCCAGUGUGCCCUGGAUGAAGAAGAAGGCGAUGAAGACGGGUACCUUUCUGAUGGAGUUGUUCGAGCAGAAGAGGAGGAGGAAGAGGAAGAACAGGAUGCCAGCUCAAAUGACCACUUUCCCAUGUAUCCUCCUAACAGCAUGCCUCAUAAUCCCUAUGGUGUAAAGGAAAACAAGGAUAGGUGGAAGGCCGGCCGCCCUCUCUCUGCAGAUGGAAAUUACCGGCCUCUCGCCAAGACGAGGCAGCAGAAUAUCAGCAUGCGGCGGCAAGAGAACCUUCGCUGGGUGUCGGAGCUGUCUUACGUGGAGGAGAAAGAACAGUGGCAAGAGCAGAUCAACCAGCUCAAGAAGCAACUGGACUUCAGUGUCAGCAUUUGCCAGACUCUGAUGCAAGAUCAGCAGACCCUCUCGUGUUUGCUGCAGACUCUGCUCACGGGGCCGUACAGUGUCAUGCCUAGUAAUGUAGCAUCCCCCCAAGUCCAUCUGAUCAUGCAUCAAUUAAACCAGUGCUACACUCAGUUAACGUGGCAGCAGAAUAACGUUCAGAGGCUGAGACAGAUGUUGAGUGAACUGAUGCGUCAGCAUGAGCACCGGCCCGAGAAGGCAGGAAGGAAGGAGCGAGGCAGCAGCGCGCCACCACCACCUUCUCCAACUUUGUUCUGUCCCUUCAGCUUCCCUGCCCAGCCCAUGAGUCUGUUUAAUCUCCCAGGAUUUUCCCAUUUUUCUUCAUUUGCACCAGGUAUGAAUUUCAAUCCAUUAUUUACAUCUAAUUUUGGAGAUUUUGCACAAAAUAUCCCCACACCCAGUGAUCAACAGCAACCAGCAGAUCAAAGUAUUCCAGGAAAAACUGAGUAUGUGGCAUUUCCAAAACCCUUCGAAAGCAAUUCCUCUAUUGGAGCCGAAAAGCAAAGAAAUCAAAAGCAGCCUGAAGAGGAGGUGGAAAACAGUAGACCAGCAUGGCUAUUUGAGCAAGAAGGUGGUCUUGAGAAACCGUUCAUCAAGACUGGAUUUGCGGUGUCUGUCCAGAAAACUGCCAGUAAUCACCGCCCAAAUCAGCUUGAUGGCAGUCGGAGAAGACGGCAGUUUGAUGAGGAGUCCCUGGAGAGUUUCAGCAGCAUGCCUGACCCUGUAGACCCAACCACAGUAACAAAAACAUUCAAAACCCGGAAAGCAUCUGCACAGGCCAGCCUGGCCUCCAAAGACAAGACUCCCAAGUCAAAGACCAAGAAGAAGACUUCUACACAGCUGAAAGCAAGGGCUAAAAGCACUGGGUAUGAAAGUGCCAGUAUGUCUAGUACGUGUGAGCCUUGCAAGAGUAGGAACAGGCAUGCAGCCCAGACCGAGGAGCCUGUUUCAGCAAAAGUAUUCAGCAGAAAGAAUCAUGAGCAGCUGGAAAAAAUUAUAAAAUAUAGCCGAUCAACAGAGAUGUCCUCAGCACAUGCUAGGAGAAUACUUCAGCAGUCUAACAGAAAUGCAUGCAAUGCAGCACCAGAAACUGGAAGUGAUUUUUCUAUGUUUGAAGCUUUGAGAGAUACUAUUUAUUCUGAAGUAGCAACGUUGAUUUCUCAAAAUGAAUCCCGUCCUCAUUUUCUCAUUGAACUUUUCCAUGAACUCCAACUACUUAACACAGACUAUUUGAGACAGAGGGCACUGUAUGCACUGCAGGACAUAGUCAACAGGCAUAUUUCUGAGACUAAUGAAAAAGAAGGUGAAAAUGUCAAAUCAGUGAAUUCUGCUACUUGGAUAGCCUCGAACUCAGAACUUACUCCCAGUGAAAGCCUUGCCACUACUGAUGAUGAAACUUUUGAGAAGAAUUUUGAAAGAGAAACCUGUAAAAUUAGUGAGCCAAAUGACGCAGAUAAUGCCAGUACCUUAUCUACAUCUUCUAAUUUUGAGCCCUUUGCAACUGAUGAUCUUGGCAACACCGUGAUCCACUUGGACCAAGCAUUGGCUAGGAUGAGAGAGUAUGAGCGAAUGAAAAUUGAGGCUGAAAGCAACCUGAGUGCAGAGGGCGCUGGGGCCGCCGCCACCGCCACCACCUCUGCCACCACUGCUUCCACCUUAGAAGAAUCUGCAAAAAAUGACAAUCGCAGCACACAGCCAACCCUGGGGGAAGUUGCUACUGUCCCCUGUCCUCGGAUUGACACGCAGCAGCUUGACCGGCAAAUAAAAGCAAUUAUGAAAGAGGUCAUUCCUUUCUUGAAGGAGCACAUGGAUGAGGUGUGUUCUUCACAGCUUCUGACCUCAGUGAGACGCAUGGUUCUGACCCUUACGCAGCAAAAUGAUGAGAGCAAAGAAUUUGUGCACUUCUUUCACAAGCAGCUGGGAAGCAUACUGCAGGAUUCACUGGCAAAAUUUGCUGGUAGAAAACUGAAGGACUGUGGCGAGGACCUUCUAGUUGAGAUAUCUGAAGUUUUGUUUAAUGAAUUGGCUUUCUUCAAGCUUAUGCAAGAUCUGGACAAUAAUAGUAUCUCUGUAAAACAAAGAUGCAAAAGGAAAAUGGAAACUGCUGGAGUGAUACAGAAUUAUGCAAAAGAGGCAAAAAGAAUUCUUGAGGGAGAUUUUGGCUCACCUGCUGGAGAAAUUGAUGAUGAAGAUAAAGACAAGGACGAGACCGAGACGGUGAAGCAGGUGUUGCCGCCACCGCCCAAGGACUACAGUGGCAGCGAGGCACCCAAGAACGUGAGGUCGGAUGUGUCGGAUCAGGAGGAAGACGAAGAGAGCGAAGGAUGCCCCGUGUCCAUCAGUUUGUCCAAAGCAGAAACACAGGCUCUGACAAAUUAUGGGAGUGGAGAAGAUGAGAAUGAGGACGAAGAGAUUGAGGAAUUUGAAGAAGGGCCUGUGGAUGUCCAGACGUCCCUUCAGGCUAACAAUGAAGCGACGGAGGAGAACGAACAAGACCAGGUUCUACAAAGUGAAUUUGAGAAGCCUGUGGAGAAAGAAAAUAUCCCAUCUGAGCGGGAACCUCCUAAUGGCCAAAGCAGUCAUAAAGGUGACCAGGAUGACUCUCCUGCCAUGCCUUGCUACCUUAAUGUCUUGGACAAGGAGCCGCCCCCCGGCAGCCUGCCCCCUCUGGAGUCCACAGUGACCGCUGGGGGGCCUCCGGAAGACCCGAAGCCUUCUUUACCCAUCGCCGAGGGGGACGCCUCCGUUCCUAGAAGCGCCCAAGUAAAAUCGGCUUCAGAAACCCCCGAGAGCUCUGUGGCUGGAAGUCCUGACACCGAGUCGCCGGUGCUGGUGAACGAUUACGAGGCAGGAUCUGGCCAUUUAAGCCAAAAGUCUGAUGAAGAGGAUUUUGUGAAAGUGGAGGACUUGCCCCUUAAGCUGACCAUCUAUUCUGAGGCAGAUCUAAUGAAGAAGAUGGCAGCAGAAGAACAGAGUAACCAUUUAUCUGAGGAAAUACUAGCCGUGACUCACACUGAAGAAUUGGCUGGAGACCCUCAGACCCUGAAAGAACCUGAGACCGUUGCAGCCCAAAGUGUGUGAGAGCUCUCCGGCCGCCUGCCUUCCCCUGCCACUCCACCAAUUGCAUAUCUUCCAUGGGCACUAAAUAAACUUAUUUCCAUCUGUAUAAAAAUGUAAAUUAGUUUUUGACCCACUGCCUUUUAGAAUAGCUAACGCUCACUUCUUCUGCUCAGGCAGGUCACAUGUCGGAGACGGGAUCCUCCCUAGAUUCGAGGCUUGCUGCACUGUUUUUUAUUUUUUCAUUGUGAUUUGUUUAGUAACUUUAAACUUAAAAUGUAGUUUUAAAUAAAGUUUGGACUUGUCUGUAA